AUGAUGACCAAGUUUCAGUCAAGCAUCUACGCCCGGCCCGUUGACCGGACGUCGAAGCAGGAUGCCAAGCAGAAACUAAAGCAGCAGGUCGAGUCGGGUCGGGUCCUGUCGGUCGGGUCGGUCGGAUGGGGUCGGGUCGGUCCCUGUUGGAGGAUCGGCAACUCGCUGAUCGAGGUCCGACAGGGGCCUGCAAUUACUGCAGAAGACGAGGUCGAGCAGUGGCUUGCCGCCUAUCAGCUGCAGAAGUAUGCAGCCCUACUGAGAGAAAAGGGCUUCAAGAGCCUGGAAGAGGUCCAGGCGCGUCUCCUGGAGGAGAUUCCGUCGAUGCUAAGCACGGAUCUCCCUAACGAGGACUACCAGGUACUGGAGUCUGCUGCAAAAGAAAUAGACAGGAUGUGGCCAAGCGAGUCCUACCCUGCACAUUCGUUGGAGUUUUACAUUCGUCCGGCGGAGGGGGCCACUCCGACUUCGGGGAUCACCCCGCCGGAAGACGCACCUCCACCUGACGGCGACGAAUGCUCACAUGGCGUGGUGGCAACGGUUGGCUGGGCUGGUGGCACGAUCAGUCUCGUUCCCGCCGGUGUCACUGUCAAGGAGCUUCCUGUCGAGACAGGAGCUGCAUCGGCUUCCGGAUUGGUCAUGCGGGGAGGGCAACAUGCCACAAGUGCGGCUGAUAGCCACCUGGUCACCUGCUCUGAGCCAGAUACCUUGACAGACCUUCCGCUGACAACCACAUCGGCGACAGCAAAGGACAUUGCCAUUGUAGUGCGUGGCCGAGAUGCAGAGAAGGCUUUGUUGGAGGAUUUGGAUUCCAGGCGAGGGCUGAACGACAGAGUUACUUUGACCGACCUCAACACCCUGGCUCCGGAGAUCUUUCGCUUCGAUCGCGUCUUUCUUCCUGGGACACCACAGGAAAACGUUUUCCGGGAGGUUGCCAAGGAGGCCGUGAACUCAGCCUUGGACGAGGUGCCCGAGAGUGCUCUGUUCCUGGCUCUGGGGGCCCAGGGCAGCGGCAAAUCCUACGCUGUCACUGGUGGUGCCAAACACUUUGCUGAUCGCGGACUCAUUCCGCGGUGUGUCACCGCACUCUUCGAGGCAAUAGCUGGCCGCGAAGACAUGGCGGACUUCACGGUGCAGAUCUCUUUCUUCGAGAUCUACCAGGGCCGACUCAACGACCUCAUGGGCCCGCCCAACGCCGCUCCGCGGCGGUGGCCGGCAGCGAGUGAAACGGUCGCUUUCAAGCUGCUCUGCCACGGCGAUGUGCAGCGGAAGCUUGAGGCUGGCCCGCAAAGCCCGGACUCCUCAAGAAGCCACGUGGUUUUCGCGCUGCACUUGCUCCGGGCUUGUCGCGAUGUUUCUACUCUGGCCUUCGUGGACGUUGCCGCCCAUGCGGAGGAGGUCGAUGCUGCGCUUGGCCAACUGCAGGAAGCAACAGCUCCGGCCUCCCAUUCACUGGCUGCACUGCUCAGUGGAUGGCUUCCAGGCACAGCAACUGGACUUCUGCCUCCCGCGAGUUCGAGCAGACUGGUCCUGUUGCACAUGAUUCGCUUCACGGCGCCGCGCUUCGCUGAGCUGCGCCAGUGGCUGCAUCUCGCCGAGGCCCUGCGGAAACGAGCCGAGUCGGAGUCCAAGGCCGAGGCGCCUCCUGAACUCCGUGGUCGGGGAAAGUCUGGCAGGCUUGCCUUCUGCACAAGCGGCAUGGACUCGCCCACGGCCACGACGAGGCGGACCAAGUCCAGCUCCCCGCAGUCGAGGAGUGACGAUAUUGACCUCGUGGCCGCCAUGGAUCUAUCGCCCUUGUCCUGGUGGGCCAAGCUCUUGCAGAACGGCCGGCAUCAGCUUCAAAGGCAUGAGAAGGCACCGAACGGCGAUCUGCAACAGCAAAGGCCUGGUGCUGGCGGCGACGGUGCGGAGGCAAGGCCAGCCGCCGUUAAUGCCCCGAUCUUCCAGGCGGUUGAGGGACCUGUGGUGUCGAUAUGCGAGCCUGUGACCUACCCGGUUUCAGCUUUGCAGACGGCGAACUGGCCCUCCUAUGGCACACGUGUGCCGAUCCAGAAACGGGGCCUGCUGGCCGUCGUAGGAGCAGGUGCCUCGCCGGCACCAGCCCGGAGGAGUCCGAAUCAUCCCUCUCUGCGCUUGGUACGGUCGGUCUCGCCUCAACCUCGGGCAGGAGGCCGGCUUUCUCUUUCCCCGGUGCCUGCGGUCAUGAUGCCUGCAGCGUCAAAGGACGCUGCACCACCGGUGUCGGUACCUGCCCCGCUGCAGGCUCCAGUCCUCAGCUUUGAGCCGGUUUCGCACAGCGUGGUGCGCAGGGUGGCGCUGCCGAUCCGCACGACGCUGCCUUCCGCGCUCCCGGGCUGGGAAAACCUCCGGCCCCAGGUCAGUCGCCACACAGUAAAUGGUCCGCUGAUGGUUCCUUCGGCUCCUGGCGUGCUACGGCCCACCGCCAAGGUGCACCAGUUGUCCCGGCAACAGCUCCAUCCUUGA